CCCGCAGGAUGUUCCCGUGGCUGCUCCUGGUGCUGAGCGUCUGCGCCCGCCCCGGUACAGGUCUCCCCGCUCGCCACAUGGACUCGCUGGUUCAGAUCCUGGACGCGCUGGAAUCCCCGGCCCGGGGGGGCUCCCCGGGCUCUGUCCCGGCUCUGGCGCGGGCCCUGGGGGUCUGCAGCACCCCGGGGUGCCGCGCCGUGCUGGGAGAGCCCCCCGAGCCCCCCCCGGCCCCCGCGGCGCUGCCCCCCGAGCAGUGGCAGCUCCUCCGGGAGCUCCUCCGGCCCGAGCCCGCGGCCCCCGAGCGCGGGGCCCUGCUGGCCCCCGACGGCUCCACGGUGGCCCUCGGGCCCCUCCUGGCCGGCAUCGAGGCGGGGCUCAGGCUCGGGGGGGGCUCGGAGGGCCCUUGGGACCCCCUGCCCGCCCUCCGGCCGCCCCUCGACCCGCUCUUGGCCGUCACGGUGGGCGAGGUUUUGGGGACCUCCUUCCUCCUGGCGCGGGGCGGCCACGGAGCCGCGCUGGGACCCGGCGGCUGCUGGGACGACGUGGACGAUCCCCAAAACUACACCCUGACGGGCCCCCCGACCCCCGUGCCCGACGCCGUGGCCAACGGGGCAAUGGACGGGGUGGUCCUGGGUGCCCGCCUGGCCCGGGAGCCCGCCCCGCUCGCCGAGCUCCUGCGGGGCUACUACGGGACGGGCAACGGCUCGGAGAGGGGGAGACCCCCCAGCAGCUACAGACGGCGGGAUUUCGGGGCGCUGGCGGGGCCGGGGAAGCUGGAGGAGGAGCUGGUGGCCGUGCUGGAGCUGCUGAGGGUCCUGCCCCCCACGCGGGGGCUGCUGGAGGGCGUGGGGCCCGGCGAGGUGGCGGCCGUGGCCCGGAGAGCGGCGGGGGAGUUCACCCGGCGCUACGUGGAGUGCCCGGCCAUCGUGCCCCGCUGCAUGUGGGGGGCCCGCCCGUACCGGGGCACCCCCAGCCCGCUGACCCUCCCGCUGGGCUCCGUGUUCAUCCACCACACCCUGGAGCCGGGCACCCCGUGCCGCUCGUUCCGCGCCUGCGCCCGCGCCAUGCGCAGCAUGCAGAGCUUCCACCAGGACACCCGCGUCUGGGACGACAUCGGGUACAGCUUCGUGGUGGGCUCGGACGGGUACCUGUACGAGGGCCGGGGUUGGCACUGGGUGGGCGCCCACACCAAGGGCUACAACACCCGAGGGUUCGGGGUGGGCUACGUCGGGGACUUCUCGGCCGCCCUGCCCGACUCCGACGCGCUGGCCCUGGUGCGGGACGAGCUCCUGCCCUGCGCCGUCCGCGCCGGCCGCAUCCUCGGCAACUACACCCUGCACGGGCACCGCCAGCUCGGCCGCACCGACUGCCCCGGCAACGCCCUCUUCCAGGAGAUCCAGGGCUGGCCCGGCUUCCAGUGAGGAGCGGCCCGAGGGUCCUGGGCUGGAUGGGGAGGUUGGAUCGCGGGCUGGAUGGAUGCUGGGCCGGUGGGGGAGGGGC